CUGAGACUUUUCAGCAUGUGCAUAUGUGUCUCAUUGAAACCUCACAAGAACCUGUGAGAUAGGAGUUGCCACUCACCUUUUACAGAUGAACAAACCGUGCCUCAGAGGGGUUACCCAGCUGAAAAGUUGUAGAGCUGGGGCUUGUACCCAGCUCUCUGCCAGGCACCAAAAUGUAAGCUCUUUGCCUCACCAGAGAGGGGAAGGGGCUUGCUCAAGGUCACACAGCAUCAGCCUUAGGGCCAGGACUAGAAUUUCUGUCUCUCAGCUUCUGCCAGGCCAAGGUGAAGGUUUGGGCCACAGGUGCCACCCUUAGGACAAUAACUGCAAAUGGGCACAAGGUGCGGCUGCCACAAGAGCCAAGAGAGUUGCUGAGGGAGAGAGAAAGAAAAGCAGGGGCUGAGACCAGAGCCUUGAAGACCAAGGGGCUUUAGGGGGUGGGCAGAGGGAGAAGAGGCCAUGAAGAGCCCAUAGAUGCCAACUUUGCGGUGGUCCAUAGGGCCUAUCUCUCUCAGCAGCUUUGGCUUUCUUGAGAGGAACCAGCUGCCCCGGCAGGGAGGCAGGAAGGCAGGAAGGCAGGAAGGCUGGCCUGUUGCCUGUCAACUCCUAUUCCUUCUAGAUCACUGGCCCCCUGGCCCCUCCCAGGGAUGCCUUCUGCUCAGAGCAGCCAGGGGCCUGGGCUCUGGGGCUGUGAAAGGACAGGAGCCCUCUGAGCUGGAUCUGGGGUACUCUUCAGGAACCCCACACCCUUCAAAUCCUCCAAAUUGUCUCCUUUCUCCAGCCCCCCACAUAAGGAGGAGAGAGAGAUUACUGUGGUAGGUCGAUGGGGAUUCUAGUUUGACUGGCUGUAUGAACUUUAGUAAGACUCUUCCCCUCUCCAGGCCUCAAUUCCCCCCUCUGUAAAAUCAGGUGGGCCAAUUUCCUUGGAAGAACAGCCUCUAGAUUGUGAAUGGCGUGUCUUCUGAUUUUUGCUUUUCUCUUUAGGGAGCAUUUCUCUUAGCCAGUUCAGAAAACAACGCAGAAGAAAGUGAGAGCUUAUUGCAAUGGUCAAGAAUAUCGGCUGGGCCCUCAUCUUGAUUUCCCCAGAUGGGUGAUUUGAAUUUUACUUGAACUGGAGCAUCCCAGCAUAACCACCACACAGAGUCUCUUUAACUCUGUGGAAGAUGAGAAUGUUUGUGAAAAGCUUCUAUGGAAAGGUUUCUGUAUUCACAGGGCAGCAAUAUGGCCAAGGGGACAGAGUCCUGAUUUGGGAAUGGCCAAACCAGGUCCUGAUCUUGGGGUUCUGCUACUUACUAGCUCUAUUACCUGUGCCGAGUUACUUAAUGUUUCUACAUCUCAAUUUUCUCUUCGGGAGAAUAGGGCUAGUGACACGUACUUGACAGGGUACUUGGGGAGAUUCCAGCAGAGGUGCAUAUAGUGAGCACAGCCUGAGGUUUGGCCGAGAGGAGUCACUUCAAGCUCUCAAAGCUGCUUCCUCGUACUAGGAGUUCCCAGCCCUCCUGGGGGAGCAGGGGAAGGAGCAAAGUUUCCAGUUGCAGUCUGGCCUAUAGCCCAGCAGGCCUGGCCCCGCCUCCUUGGUUCCUCCUUCUAGGGAAGGGCUGGGGAGGAGGGGGUGGCAACAGCGGUGGAGGCACCGCCCUGGCCAGGGGGCCUGCCCUCGGGACAGGUCCAGACCCAUGGAGCCCCCCGGGAGGAGUAGCAGUGUGGAGGGUGAUGCCCCAGGCAGUGACCUGAGCACAGCGGUUGAUAGUCCCGGGAGCCAACCCCCCUACCGGCUGAGCCAGCUGCCCCCCACCAGCAGCCACAUGGGGGGCCCCCCUGCUGGGGUGGGCCUUCCCUGGGCUCAGCGGGCUCGCCUCCAGCCAGCCAGUGUUGCCCUGAGGAAGCAGGAAGAAGAGGAGAUAAAGCGCUCCAAGGCCCUGUCGGACAGCUAUGAACUCUCCACGGACCUGCAGGACAAGAAGGUGGAAAUGCUGGAGAGGAAGUACGGGGGCUCCUUCCUGAGCCGCAGGGCUGCCAGGACCAUCCAGACGGCCUUCCGUCAGUACCGCAUGAACAAGAACUUUGAGCGGCUCCGCAGCUCAGCUUCAGAGAGCCGCAUGUCCCGCCGCAUCAUCCUUUCCAACAUGCGGAUGCAGUUCUCCUUUGAGGAAUAUGAGAAGGCACAGAACCCCGCGUACUUCGAGGGCAAGCCUGCCUCGCUGGACGAGGGUGCCAUGGCUGGUGCCCGGAGCCACCGGCUUGAACGGGGGCUCCCAUAUGGAGGCUCCUGUGGAGGGGGCAUCGAUGGUGGGGGAAGCUCCGUCACCACAUCUGGAGAGUUUUCUAAUGACAUCACAGAGCUUGAGGACUCCUUCUCCAAACAGGUAAAGUCUCUGGCUGAAUCCAUUGACGAGGCCUUGAACUGCCACCCAUCGGGGCCCAUGUCUGAGGAGCCAGGGUCAGCCCAGCUGGAGAAGCGAGAGUCAAAGGAACAGCAAGAGGACAGCUCGGCCACAUCCUUCAGUGACCUUCCCCUCUACUUGGAUGACCCAGUUCCCCCGCCAUCCCCUGAGCGACUGCCCAGCACAGAGCCCCCACCCCAGGGCCGGCCUGAGUUCUGGGCACCCGCCCCUCUCCCACCAGUUCCUCCACCAGUGCCACCAGGGACCCGGGAAGAUGGUAGCCGUGAGGAAGGCGCUCGCAGGGGUCCUGGGUGCUUGGAAUGCCGGGAUUUCCGGCUGCGAGCUGCCCACCUUCCCCUGCUUACUAUUGAGCCUCCUAGUGACAGCUCCGUGGACCUGAGUGACCGCUCAGAUCGCGGCUCUGUCCACCGUCAGCUCGUGUAUGAGGCUGAUGGCUGCAGCCCCCAUGGGACCCUGAAGCACAAGGGGCCACCAGGCAGGGCCCCGAUCCCACACCGCCACUACCCAGCCCCGGAGGGCCCAGCCCCAGCCCCGCCAGGGCCCCUGCCACCAGCCCCCAACAGUGGCGCUGGGCCCAGUGGUGUGGCUGGGGGUCGGAGGUUGGGGAAGUGCGAGGCAGCAGGCGAGAACUCUGAUGGUGGAGAUAAUGAGAGCCUUGAGAGCUCCAGCAAUUCCAACGAGACCAUCAACUGCAGCUCUGGCUCCUCUUCGCGGGACAGCCUGAGGGAGCCUCCAGCCACCGGCCUGUGCAAGCAGACUUACCAGCGGGAGACCAGGCACAGCUGGGACUCGCCAGCCUUCAACAAUGACGUGGUGCAGAGGCGGCACUACCGAAUCGGCCUCAACCUCUUCAAUAAGAAGCCAGAGAAGGGUAUCCAGUAUCUGAUCGAGCGGGGCUUCCUGUCAGACACGCCGGUGGGAGUGGCUCACUUCAUCCUGGAACGGAAAGGCCUGAGCCGACAGAUGAUAGGGGAAUUCCUAGGGAACCGGCAGAAGCAGUUCAACAGAGAUGUGUUGGACUGUGUGGUGGAUGAGAUGGAUUUCUCCUCCAUGGAUUUGGAUGAUGCACUCCGGAAGUUCCAAUCCCAUAUCCGGGUUCAGGGUGAGGCCCAGAAAGUGGAACGACUCAUCGAAGCCUUCAGCCAGCGGUACUGUGUGUGUAACCCAGCUCUUGUGCGCCAGUUCCGGAAUCCAGACACCAUUUUCAUCCUUGCUUUUGCCAUCAUCCUCCUCAAUACCGACAUGUACAGUCCCAGCGUCAAGGCUGAACGCAAGAUGAAACUAGAUGACUUCAUCAAGAACCUGAGAGGGGUUGACAACGGUGAAGACAUCCCCCGAGACCUCCUGGUGGGUAUUUACCAGCGCAUCCAGGGGCGUGAGCUGCGGACCAAUGACGACCACGUGUCCCAGGUGCAGGCCGUGGAGCGCAUGAUUGUGGGCAAGAAACCGGUCCUGUCUCUUCCUCACCGUCGACUGGUGUGCUGCUGCCAGCUCUAUGAGGUGCCAGAUCCAAACCGCCCACAGAGGCUAGGGUUGCAUCAGCGAGAGGUCUUCCUCUUCAACGAUCUCCUUGUGGUCACCAAAAUUUUCCAGAAGAAGAAGAUCUUGGUGACGUACAGCUUCCGUCAGUCCUUUCCCCUCGUGGAAAUGCACAUGCAGCUCUUCCAGAAUUCAUAUUACCAGUUUGGGAUCAAGUUGCUGUCUGCAGUACCUGGCGGGGAGCGCAAAGUCCUCAUCAUCUUCAAUGCCCCCAGCCUCCAGGACCGGCUGCGCUUCACAUCCGACCUGCGAGAAUCCAUCGCUGAGGUGCAGGAGAUGGAGAAAUACCGCGUGGAGUCGGAGCUGGAGAAGCAGAAAGGUAUGAUGCGGCCUAACGCCUCACAGCCCGGAGGGGCCAAGGACUCGGUGAACGGCACGCUGGCCCGAAGCAGCCUGGAGGACACGUAUGGGGCAGGCGAUGGGCUCAAACGGGGAGCGCUCAGCAGUUCCCUGCGAGACCUCUCUGAUGCAGGGAAGCGGGGGCGGCGUAACAGCGUGGGAUCGCUGGACAGCACCAUCGAAGGGUCUGUUAUUAGCAGUCCACGCCCUCACCAGAGGAUGCCACCUCCGCCCCCACCCCCGCCGCCAGAGGAGUACAAGAGCCAGAGGCCCGUCUCCAACUCCUCAUCCUUCCUGGGCUCCCUAUUUGGAAGCAAGCGGGGCAAGGGGCCCUUCCAGAUGCCACCACCGCCAACAGGCCAGGCCUCUGCCUCCUCUUCAUCUGCUUCUUCCACCCACCACCACCACCACCACCACCACCACGGUCACAGCCACGGCGGCCUGGGGGUGCUGCCUGAUGGGCAGUCCAAGCUCCAGGCCCUGCAUGCCCAGUAUUGCCAAGGACCGGGCCCGGCCCCACCCCCCUACCUCCCACCCCAGCAGCCCCCUCUCCCCCCACCUCCUCAGCAGCCCCCGCCCCUGCCGCAGCUGGGCUCCAUUCCACCGCCUCCUGCCUCAGCUCCUCCCGUGGGGCCGCAUCGCCACUUCCAUGCCCAUGGCCCAGUCCCAGGCCCCCAGCACUAUACCUUGGGCCGGCCAGGCAGAGCUCCCAGACGGGGGGCCGGAGGACACCCUCAGUUUGCUCCACAUGGCCGCCACCCCCUGCACCAGCCCACCUCCCCCUUGCCCCUGUACAGUCCUGCCCCCCAGCACCCUCCAGCCCACAAACAGGGCCCAAAGCACUUCAUCUUCAGCCACCACCCACAGAUGAUGCCAGCAGCAGGGGCCGCUGGGGGCCCUGGAUCCCGGCCACCAGGGGGUUCCUACUCCCACCCCCACCACCCCCAGUCACCAUUGUCACCGCACUCACCCAUCCCACCCCACCCCUCCUACCCACCCUUGCCCCCACCCUCACCCCACACCCCACACUCGCCCCUGCCGCCCACCUCCCCCCACGGCCCACUGCACGCCUCUGGGCCCCCUGGCACGGCCAACCCACCCACUGCAAACCCCAAGGCCAAGCCAAGCCGGAUCAGCACCGUGGUCUGAUGAAGGGAGAGUGUGAGCUGGGGACUAGGGAGGUCUGGGGAAUCUGCAGGAGAGGGGCCUCACACCCUCUCUGCUUCCUCAGUUUUUCCAAAACAUAUAUACACAUAGACAUGUCCUCCUCCCCACUGCCUCCCUGCCUUGGGACCCCUCCUCUAACCCCCAACAGUCUCCAUGGGAUUUCCUUCCAGAUUCGAGACUCCUUGCCACUUGAAGCCUAUACGCAAGGCUCUCAAACUCUGGGGAGUGGUGAGGACCUUUCAGAGAUCCUCGUCCUCUUUCCUCUCUUCACCCUCCCCCCUCCCUUUCCCUGGAGGUCUAGUUGGGUGGCCUCAGACCUCCGGGCCAGUGUGAGCUCCCUGUCAGCUCUGGCUGGUAGGGAAGGGCAGGUGUCGGGAACAAUGAGGGUGAAGGCUUCCCCAGGGCACCUCUGGCCGCGUAGGGCCAGGAGGGAGCUCUGUAGAGUUGUGGCCAAACCUCAGCUGGCUCGGCCCUCUCUCUGACCUCAGGGCCUGGCCACGCACCUCCAUGUGUCUCUCCACCUGCUGGAGGACAUGGAGUGUCAGUGCACGCGGUGGGUGGGCCCCCACUUAUGCUGGUCCCCAGGUGGGGCAGUGCGUCCUCUUUGGAGCCAAUCUCUGCCCUCUCUCCAGUGGGCCCCAGCCCAGACCUCUUCAGCUUCAGGACCUUGCCUCUCCUUGCAACGUUCUUAUCCUGAUCAAAGUCCAGACAGGUUUGGGGCGGGGGGGCUCAGGUCUGGGAUGAGAAGGGCGCUGCCCUCCCUCACCCAUAUUGCAUGCCCCCCAUUCCCUCACACCUACCCCACCUACAGCUGAAGACAAUGCACUUUAUAGAUAUUGCCCACACACACCUUGCUGGGGCGGGGCACCCAGCAUCAGCCCUGGGGAGAGGGGCUCCCAGAGGGCCACCGUGAGCCUGAGAUGUCCUUCCUGAGGCAGAGAUUGGAGCCAUCAAAGUGGGGGCUGGGAGCCAGGAUGCCUGAGUCCUUCUGUCCGUCAAACUCUCCGCUGCCUCUCCAGCCCUUUUACAGCCCUGUUUAUUUAUUAUAAAUAUAUUUUUUACAAGCCCCAGCUCCUCUUCUUGCCCCGCAUAUCCAGCUCCUUUCUCAGCUCCUGCCUCCCUCUCCCCUCUCCACCAUGGGCUGCAGUACAGACAGACAGAUAGACCCUGGCUGUAUGAAGGGCCAGGGACCCCAGGGCUUGGGGGUGGGGAAGGGCAGCAGCGGGAGGGGCUGUAUGGAGAGGAGCUGGGGUUUAGGCAUUGUCUUUUUUCCUCCUUGUAUAUAAGAAUGUAUAUUUGAUGCCUCAUAAAAGACCUUGUGCUCAC